AUUUCACAAAAGCACUUUAUUGUUACGAUACCAUUGAAAUUGUAUGACAACAAUGCAUAAAAUAAUACAAGUUUUACGGCAAACAAAUUCUGUGCUUGAACGUGGCAUGUGUUAUAAAAGUCUCCGAUAUACUCAACCAUGCGCGCUCAGAAUAUUCUGUAACGACUGCUGCCGGCAACAAUGGCGCAGCUCUGUGGCAGCGCGUGCGUUUUCUUUGCACAGUGCGAUGAAAGCGGCACACAAUAUCGCGUGAUCGCAAUUUCAUUUGUUAUGUCUGUUGUUUGCUCAACAAUGCUUUAAUUAUAGUAGAAGUAUUUUUUACCUGAAAAACAACAAUGGCAGUCAAAUUCAGAUUAGCGUGAAACUCAACAAUGUAUGUAUUUAGUACUUAGAUCUCACUAAAAUUCGCAAAUAUGGGAAAUCAUGUUUUUGAUAAGUUGAUGUUCUGACCGUUUGGAAUAUAUCCUUUGAUUUUUUUAUUUGCAAAAAGCACAUAUGUUAUAAAAAGAAAACAACACCACUGUUGAUAUUAUUCCAUUUAAAAAAAAUAAAUGUGGCGUAUUCAGAAAAAAAAUUUAUACCUAUUACAUUUUUUUAAAAAAAUGUUAUUCUUACAAAUAUGAUCAAUAGCAUUGUUGGGGUAAAUGUUUCGUUCAAUGAAAAAUGACGCAUAGCAUUGCAGAUUACUAAAAAAAAUAUAUGGUGCGAAACAGUAUUAAUAGUACAGAGCAUAAUAUUAUUUUUUAAUUGUUGGGUCUUACUUAUUACUAACAUAUAAUACGAAUUGUGAUAUCAUUGUUGUAAAUCGCAUGACGAGACGAGCGCGGAAUUAAAGUUUGGACAUUCAUAACUGUCCAAAUCCCCUAGGAAAAUUAAAUAAAAUGGGUUUGUUGAUUUUUUUUUGUGAUUUAUAAAUUUAAUUAUUUAAUAAUCUCUCAUCAUUGUUUCUAUAUUUCUGUUAAUGUAAGAAUGUUUCCAUAUGUACAUUAAAUAUUUGGCAAGAGCGUAACAAUUAAAUAAUAAACAUAAAACACAGCGCGUACUUCUCACAUUACGAUACGUCAAUUAGUGAUUGCGCGCAAUGAAGUCUUAGCGCCUUAUUUCUGCGUGUCUUGCACGACCGCGAUGGUGGUCAGGCCUAUCGGGCAUCAAUCCGGUUGGCAGACGGAGCAGCCGUGCGCAAAAGCGCGGAGGCAGUACGGGUAUCUAGUUUGCGCUGUAUUUUCUUAAAAUCAGGUAGGUAUAACGUGUUUCUGGCCUGUUUUAGUUGUUUUAUUGUUUUGUGAACAGCUAUGUUCGUCUUGUUUUAUUUUUGGAGCACCUCGGCACGAUUCAUGUUCGUGAAUAUGGCCGCUUUUUUUGUGCGCUUUGAAGUUUUCUUUGCAGCCAUGAUGGCUAAGUGAACCUACCGGGUCAUAAGCUAGUAGGCGUCGUACUUGGAAGGUCGUGACUUGGGGAGGAGGUUCGUGUGCUCAGAUUUUCGUGGUUUAAAGUGUGAUGUGAGAAGUGUUGCGCUCCGGAACGGACCGAGACGUGCGUGAAGGCAGGAUGAUAGAAAUGUGGAUUAUUGUGGAAUUACAAGCGUGGUAGAAGAAAGAAAAGUUAGAAUAAUGAGAAAUAACAUAAUACCAAAAUAAUAAUAAUAACGCUGAAGAAGAAAGUGAGGAUUGGAAAAUCAGUGCAGCAGGUGGAUCUGUGGUCCAGUGUUUUAAUUUAAUGUGGUGAGAAAAAUCUGUCAGCCCAAAUGGGAGAGGUUGCAGAUCCUGAACAGCAGUAUAGUCUGCGGUGGAAUGACUUCCAUGCCAGCAUUCUUUCAUCCUUUCGACAUUUAAGAGAUGAAGAGGACUUUGUCGAUGUAACAUUAGCAUGUGAGGGAUGUUCAUUCACUGCUCACAAAGUUGUGCUUUCAGCCUGUAGUCCAUAUUUCAGGCGACUCCUGAAGGCUAAUCCUUGCCAACAUCCAAUUGUAAUCCUUAGAGAUGUCAAAGAAAAAGAUAUGGAAUCUUUAUUGCGCUUCAUGUACAAUGGUGAAGUGCACAUUGGCCAGGAGCAAUUGUCAGACUUCCUCAAAACUGCACAAAUGCUGCAGGUGCGAGGGCUGGCUGAUGUUCCCACCAAAGAAAGCCAAAAAUUGCCACCUACCUCAAAUGCUCUUAAUUGGUCUCAGGCAAAUGAUAUGAGAGAUAGCUACAAUGAUGAUGCUGUGUCUCCGCCUCCUAAAAGAAGUCGUAAUAACGAACAUCGGUUUUCUCCAUCACCUACUCCUUCUGCCACUCAUAACAACAACAAUAAUAAUAAUAACAACAAUGUUGAUCCUUUGCGAGAGUCUCUGCUUGGACAGGCCUUGGAAGGCACUCCCUCACUUCAUAAUGUUAAUACAUCUCAUCAGAGUAAAGGCAACUCCGACUCAUCACUGCAGGCACAGUCUACUGGCGAGGACUCAAACUCUAGUGAUACUGCUGCAUCUGAUCGUGGAGGACCCAUGUCUGACUUAGUACAACCCAAAUCCGAGCCUAGUGACUACAGUACGAUGGACGACAAUCACCCAGGCAAUGGUAGCAUGGGUUUGGAUCAUCAACGUACCCCUCCUUUCCCAGCUGCUCUACUUGGACUUCAAGGUAUUCCUGGAUUGAUACCUGGACCUUCAGGACUUCACAACAGCAAUCAAGAUGCCAACUUUGUGUCUCGUCGGGGCCUGGAUAUGAUGCGGGUUCGUGCCACUGAUCCAAGACCAUGUCCAAAGUGUGGCAAGAUCUACCGUUCCGCCCAUACACUGCGUACCCAUCUGGAGGAUAAGCAUACGGUGUGCCCUGGGUACCGAUGCGUUCUCUGCGGCACCGUUGCGAAAUCUCGCAACUCCUUGCAUUCACAUAUGAGUCGACAACAUCGUGGCAUCAGCACCAAAGACUUGCCUGUGCUCCCCAUGCCUUCCCCGUUUGACCCCGAGUUGGCAUCUCGACUGCUUGCCAAAGCAGGGGUGAAAGUAUCAGCAGCUGAGUUGCGAGCUCGGGCUUCUCCUACAGGACCACGUCGACCUGACUUGCGACUGGAAGUGACAAACAAGACCAACCAUGUUGGAGAAUCCCAGCGGUAUUCUGGAGCACCUUCUGAAGCUGGGAGCAGUUUGUACGGUGGAGAUGACCCCGAAGAUCUGACUGUAACAAAUUCAAGAUUUGGAAACGUGGAACUUACUCCUCUCUCCCCACCAGCCAUCAAUAACAACUCAACUGCAGUCAUCACCAAGGUAGGUCAGAAACACCACACUCCACCCAUGGGAGCGAAGACCAUCGACACCAUCGCGCAGAGUCUAGUGGCUGGACCAGUCAACAGAAUGGCAGAGAUCAAUAGAGUCCCACUUCCUCCACCACCUCCAUCGUCUGGCGCUUCAACAGGAAGUGCCAUUUUGGAUACUUACUUGCAGUUCAUCGCAGAAAAUUCAAAUAAUGUUGCCCUCGGUAUGACAGGGGAACAAGCAGCAGCACAUGCAGCAGCGGCUGCUGCUGCACACGCUGCAAAGGUUGCAUCUAUGAACAGCGAUGGUAAAUUGGGCCACAGAGAUCAGAUUCAUGAUCCGGAAGCAGCUGACAGGAGUGGGGACCAUGAUAUAGAGGAUGUAGAAUCAUCAGGAGCAGAAGAUGAUGACUACAGUGAAGAAGAACAGGAAGCCAUUAAAGCAGAGUGAAAAAAGGAGAAAAGCUCAUUGCAGCUACAAAAUCAAGAACACACAGCUCUUGUCUAGUCUCUUGUCUCCUAAUAUCACGGGUAAGAAAUACAUCGGAGAUGAAGAGAUUCUAGACUGAGCAGCACAUGAUGAAUUCCAUCCAUCUACCUCACUUUGAAAAUAUCACAGCAUUUUCUGCCUGAAGAUGGUGAAUAUCCAUAAGGCAGAAAGCGUAAAGGCUGCAUGGAAAGUUGUAGGAGUGCAUGGUUAAAUGGCAAUGUUCUCAUAAUUAAAUAAAGCACCUGGGAUUCAUAAAAUCAUGUGAAGUUUUAUAUAUAUUUUUAAUUUUUUGAGUGCCAGGUGUAGCAAGCAUUUAUGCCUCGUAUAACUUUCCACUUUUCCAUUUGUGGUAAUUUAUUUCUAUUUUGUAUAUUUAUCUUUUUUUGGAAUGUUGAAAUGUCAAAAUAUGGAGAAGCAAAUGAAUCCAACAUGAUUGACUGAAUGAAUUCCAUCCUUCUACCUCAUUUAAUAUUUCAACAAAGCUGAAGGAAUGGCUAUGUGAAAUUUCCUGUAGGAAAUUUUGUUACAAUAAAUUCAACUUCCUUUUGUGACUUGUAUACACAUAGCAGUCUGUAUGAUAAAUACAGGAAGGAUGUGUGUUGAGGACUUUAAUUUGCAUGUUUUUUUAACAUGUUUGACAACUACUACACUUUAAUUUUCUUGAGUGUAAGAUAUGUAUUAACUGGUCAAAUGAAGACAAGCAGUCAUUUGGCUUUUAAUGACUCUGUGACUUAUUUGCAGAGGUAAAUUUAUAUAUAAUCUUUUUACUUUUUUAUCAGUUUUGUUUUUUUGUUAAUGGGUGUGAAGAUUAACGCUGGCAUAAAUAGGAGUGGAUGAAUGUUUUUAUUAAGCUGAUUGAAAUGUGUGUAUUCAUUUUAUAAAGUAAAAUGUUAUCAAUGCAGUAUUCUUGGAAGUAUUACUGUUAUGUAACUGAGUUUUAAUUACAGAUCUACUUUUAGAAAUGCAUAAAUGCUAAUGUAAGUGAGGGAAGAAAAGAGAAUGAUUUGGUGUUGUUAAUAGUUGCAGGACCAUCCUAUUUGUCGUGCUUACAAAUGCAAAUUAGGAGGAAAUAAUACUUCCAAGGACCCUGCAUAAUAGGAGUUGAUUGUGUCAGAGGUUUUGAUAUAUUAAGGCAAGGUCAAAUAACAUAUUUCCAUGACACACAUGACGAUGCCUAUCAAGGUUCCUACAGAUAAUUUAUGUGAAGUAGAACUAAUGUAAACUAGAAAAGUGGAGAUUUCUGCUGGGAAAGUGUGCUGUGAGGAGGUGCGAGAGUGAAUCCGCUGAGGGAGGAGAGGGCUUUUUUGUGUCAUAGCAUGGUUCCUAUAUCCAAGUCUGUUAUUAAUACGUCAGCUCUGUUUUGUUUUUGACUCACUACAUGAGGGAGACAUAAACGUGCACUGAAUACAUGAAAACCGUAAACCACACAUUCAGAUUUAACUAUGUUACAGAUAUUUUGAGAAAUAGUUUUAUUAUAGGCUAGGUAAGAAUGUUAUGAGUUUCCCAGCAAUAUAUGUAUUUUACAUAUUUGUUAUUUCUGUAGGAAGCUUGCAGUGAGUGUAUGUUUCUUUUUCUUAAAAAAAAUAUUAAUGCUGGUAUAUAUAUAUAUUAGCAAAUGGGCAGAUAUGGUGGGCCAUUUUUAUAACAUUGCUGUUUGAUACAAUUUGUUGAGGAUAUUAUCUGUGACAAGAUGUCUGCAAUCAGUCUUUGCAUAUGCAAUGUAGGCAAGAGCUCAGCUCUUACACCUACAUUCCACAGUGUGUCUUCUCAUCUUAGCAUUUGGCUAGAAAGGUGGCUUCCAAGCAAGCUGUUGCAACCUGUUAUUAACUUGAUACUGGUAGUCUUACCUCAGUUAUCUGGACCUUACGUGUAUAUUGCAGUACGUAAAUAGACUCGGGGGUUUGUUAUUAUAAUUUUUCUUGUGACAUCUUCAAAGUACAAAGUUUUGGAAACUUGUGAUGAUAUUGUUAUUACUUCCACAUUUCUCUUUCUGUAUGGUUCUGUCAGGGAAAUCACAAUUUUGGAGAUUGAGUUGUGUGGAAUAUCACAAUAUCAUCAUUGUACCUCACAAUUCUCACAAUCAGUACCUCAGUAUACAGUAUAAUAGUUAUUAGGCUAUUCGCCUCUAUCCUCAGGAAUAUGCAUGUAACACGCAAAUGUGAAUACAGUAUACCUCAUUCUUUUCAAGAUACAACUAUAAUGCUUUCUGUGCCAUUGAUUUUAAUUGUUUGCUUCAGUGACUGUUUUAUGAUGUGCAUAGCUAUAUCACAUACUAGGGAUGAGAUAGUGCAGAGAUUAUUUUAUUUUGUAUCUCACUGCUUUCUUCUAAUAUUUAACUUUACAUAUGGAAUGUAAAAAUGAAUGUACUGAAUGAAAUCUUUUUACCAUUGCUGGUACAUUAUACUGUACCUGCCCAUACCUAGUCUGACCUAUUGGUCUCCUUUUCUCCACCAGGCAAGCUGUGAUUUCAUCAUAAGGCACAUUUUACCAUGUGUCUCCAUUUAAUUUUUGGUGUGCAUUAGCAUCAACGAUAUUGCAGAAUGUAAGUUUUAUACUUUCUUACCCAUUAGCAUAAAUCUGUGUACCAAUGCUGGUAAGUUGAUUUCAAAUACUUCUUUUAACAUAGGGCAAAUCCUCUCAUCCCUGGUUAUGUCCACUUUUCUGUGCUUAUGGUGGUUUUAAAAAUAUUUUCAAAGCAACAUAGCAUUCAGCAAAUGUUUUGGUUUUUUAAACAAAUACAAUUAUCACACAAAUGAAGAUUACAAUUUCCAAUGGUAAUGUGAAAACAAUCAAGCAGUAAUAUUUACCGUAAUACACCAUUAUUAAUCUUCCAGUAUCUCUUAGUAGGUCUGCGGAAACUUCCAUUCAUAUAUGAUAUAAUAGUUCUUCCAGUGGUGGAUGCAACAACUGUAUGCAGAAUUACUCAACUUUUCAUGUAUUUUUUUAUUUUCGUAUAUAUAUGUUCUGUGCAAAUGACCCUCUUCUCUUGCCCACCUUCCUUACCCCAUAGUACUUAUUUUUUAUACCUCGCAAAUUUUAAGCAAGGUCAUUCGUUACGACCUUCCCUGACUGUCUUGUUGGUCUGUUCACACCAACACUGUGGAACAAAUUAUGCUCUGACUUCAGAGUUUUAUAUAAUCUAAUGUAACCAUUGAUAAAAUCAGUAGUUGGUACAUAGUAGAUUUGUACAUUUCAUAAAUGAAAUGUGUAUAGGAGUGGUGUGAGCAGUCUAAUAUUGUAAUACAAUAGAUGCUGUAGAUCAGAAUUAACAAUUCAUAUUUUAAAUUGACAAAGUGGGUUAUGCAUUUGAAGAACACUCAUAUUAUUGGGCAGUAAAAAGUCAAUAACAGCAUAUCUCGCAGGCAAUUUUGAAUAAAUUUCACAUGAUUUGCAUUGCUGAUCCCAGCGAUACAAAUUAUAUCUAUCCCACGUACUUGUCAUAAUUUAUAUCUGAAUGUUACAUUCAAAAAAUAUAGCAAGCUAUUCCUAAAAAAUUAGUUACUGGAAAGUUUUCAAAAUUUGCUGUGGACUCUCCAUAUGCCCCGCAUACAACUUUCUGGAUGUAUAAUUGUAACUGGCAAAAAAAAAAAGCUUUCACCAAUAAAACUGAAACUGUGUAACAAACAUAUAUCUGUAUAUGAUUGUUGUUCUAUAGACUAUAAAAACUGCAGCAUCUUUACAAACCUUAAUAUUGUGUAUAGUUGGAGUCAUAGAUCUAUUAAAUCAAUUAGAGUAAAAAGAAUUGUGUGCUGACAUGAAGAUUGAGAAAUGUUUAAUACUAUUAUUGCAAUGUUGUGUAUGAUGAAUAUGUGUUAGUUGUUGCUGUUUAAUUUUUGUUUAACUUUCAUUGAGCCUGAAAUGACAAUUUAAUCCCGGUAUUAUAUUACUUUGCACUCGGGAAGCAUAGUAAAUGUUGUCACUUAGUGUUUAAGUAAAUUAGGCGUGGUUUUUACUGUUCCCUAUGAAGCUAUAACAUAUUGCUAGUAAAAAACGGUGCUUUUCAAUCUUAUCCUUUUGCUUGUAUAGUUUCUUUCUCCUAAUGUGUUUAGAUUUGAAUUGUAAAUAACAAUCAUGAUAGUUUUGGAGAGCUAUGAUGCCCAAAAGAUUCUUUAGCUAUUUACAUUAGAUUAUAAUAUACUGGAAAGCUUUGUUGGAAUUUUUUUCCGGGUUAGAAUGUAAAAGUAACUGUAGAUGUUAGGACUAACUGAAGAGUUGUAUUCAGCUAUGUUUCUUGCUGGUGUGAUACCAC